UAAAAACUCAUACUCUUCCUCACUUCCUUUUUUUUUCCCUUUUCCUUCUCUUCGUACUCAUCUUUUUUCCACCCAUUGUUCAAAAUUUAGACAGAUAUACACGUACCGAAAAUUCUACAAUGAGUAGCUUGGUCUCACUCGUUUUAAAUAAUGCAAACAAGCUGCCCAUUGUUGGUAAUUCUAUUCAACAGGUUAUGUCAACAACAACUGCAACAAUGCAUCAUUUAUUUCAGCAACAGGACACCUCUUGUUUGACGCCACCACCGCCCCCUUAUGAAAAAGAAGAUACCAUACAUACUAAAGCGUUACAGAAAUCAACUUUAUCUCGACUAACAGAUUUUGUUUGGGAGAGAAAAAGUUGUAGCAGAAGCAGUAGCAGCAACGAUGAUGAAACACUCAAUAACAUUACUGCUCACCAGUCAUAUGCUGCCGCAAAGAUCAACAAAGAGAAGGUAGAAGAAGGCUUAGCGCUCAUAAAAAUGGCCGUUGAAGUUUAUAAUAGCUCGACAAUUGUCACAACCGGUUCUGCCAACAAUGACAGUCAAUACACUAUGUCAAUUGAAUUAUAUAUGAUGGGGUUAGAGAAGGUGCUCUCUUCGCUUCCAAUUGAUUCCAAUUUCUUUGUGAAAUCAAGUUUGGAAAGAAAAUUGACCGAAUUAAGAAAGAAACAUGAUCUUGUAAUACGAGCAGCUCAAGAAGAAAAUGAGCAACAAAAUGAACACACAAGGAGAAAACUUACAAAGGAACAGCAAGAUCAAGCUUUGAAUGGCCUUUCAAAUUUGAUUAUCCAGGCUGCUGUUUUAACAGCUAUUGCAUUAAAAAAGAGCCCCAUUCCUGGCCUCAUGAGCAGACUCCUUGAAAUGAUGAAAUACGCUUUGAUUAGACUCGACGAAACUUGCUCCGUUCGUGAAAGAACCUAUAAUUUGACAUAUGCCGGUCUUGCUAAAGCUAUAGAAAUGGAUGAGCAUUUUAAAGUCCAUCAGUUUUUUGCUGAAAUCUUUUAUACUGGCUGCACUGCUAUUUUAAAAGCUGGUAUAGCGUACGCUGAAUGUAAAACCGAUGAAGAUAGUCAAAUGAAGGAAAUAUUAGCGGUAACGGCGGUAGAGGAGUAAGGGUUGAAAACCUUAUCACCUGGAUUCGCUGUGGCACACAUUUGAUACCAUUUGCCUCCCAUAUUUCAGACUCCACACAGACUUUUCCAUAUGCAUGCUUAAAAUUCCUUUCAUCAUAAACCAUUCUCUUCUUUUUUUUCUGCCUU